AUGCCUUCUGACGGAAAUUUUGGUGUUUUCGCACUCUCCACGACGGGUGAGACCCAAAUUCUUACAGCUCCACGAGUGGAUGACCUCGGUCGAGAACCACGGCAACGGAAACGACACGCAAAGUCUCGCGCCGGAUGUUUGUCGUGCAAAUCUUCCAGAGUCAAGUGUGAUGAGAUUCGACCUGCCUGCGCGAGUCAGAGAUUCGGGGCGAGCUCCGUUCCCAAGUCACUCGGGCUCGGUCUCGAUUUACCCAGUCUACGGCUUAUGCAUCAUUUUGAUCACUACACAGCGCCAACCUUGGCCUUUGGCAGUUUAGUAUGGAGAGAUGGGGUGCUUCCUGUGGCAUUGAAUAAUGAAGUUGUCAUGCACGCCAUCCUAAUGAUCUCGGCAGCUCACCAGCGAAGUCUUUCGCCCCACAACACUGAGCAUAACAAGUCAAUGUCGUAUCAUCUGGAUCUUACCCUCUCCGGGUUUAGAGACCUUUUAUCGCAAGGCACAGAUGGUUUCAACCACGAUAUUAUUAUCGCGUGUGCCAUGCUUCUCGUGCACUAUGCUUGGUCCAUGCCGUUCUUUGCAUAUGAAGAUGACAAGAUCGACAUGACCAGCGAGCCCGAUAGACUGCUCAAGUUUGCAGCUGGUCUCAAAACGGUCAUGAAGACCAUGAAGGAAGACAAGAGGUACACCAACGGCAUCUUCAAGGCCCCCAUGUCGUAUAACAGCAUCGAUCAGUUCCGGCAAUUUGAAGAAUCACUGGCAGAGACUUUUGUCUUCGACGAUAUGUUUUUCAGCGCACGAACUAUGCCUUUGACCAACUAUGAUGGACACUGUAUAGAAGGUCAAGACUUCAACGCCUGUGAUCGACUGACGCCGCUUCUCAGAACCUUGGAUGCCGUAUCCAAGGGCCGAGUCAUUCACCAUUUGAUACCGCAGAUACAGGUAUAUACUCUCUUCUGGCCCGCCAAAGCAUCCAAAGAUUUUGAAGAAGACGUGGCCGAUAACAAGACCGAGGCUCUGGUCAUCAUGCUCUGCUUUUAUGCCACUGCUUGGCGGCUUCUGUCCGAGGAUGUUUGGUGGGCUAAAUCUCGUACAAAGGUCAUGUGUGAGUCUAUUUAUCAAUAUUUGGAUAAUCAUAAAGAUCCAAAAUGGGAGGGAGAUAUUGAGAAUGUCCGCCGCUAUUUUGGGUUCGCGCAGAAUAGCGCUGGUAAGUGGACAAUCGGAAGCCUAGGAUCACAUCCUGUUGAGUUGUAA